AUGGGCUCCAACUUGCCAGCGCAACCAAACCUGAGAGUCACCAUUAUCGCUGCCGAUGGUCUAUACAAACGAGAUGUCUUCCGCUUCCCGGACCCGUUUGCAGUUGCUACCGUUGGUGGUGAGCAGACUCACACCACCUCCGUUAUCAAGAAGACCCUGAACCCAUACUGGAAUGAGAUGUUUGAUUUGAAAGUCACCGAGGACAGCAUACUAGCCAUACAGAUAUUUGACCAGAAAAAGUUCAAGAAGAAGGACCAAGGGUUUUUGGGAGUGAUUAAUAUCCGUAUUGGCGAUGUCAUUGACCUUGCUAUCGGCGAUGAUGAAAUGCUUACCAGAGAUCUAAAGAAGUCAAAUGAUAAUCUUGUGGUUCAUGGCAAACUCAUUCUCAACCUCUCUACAAACCUCUCUACGCCGGUUCCAACGUCGCAAACCGGAGCUUCACGCCCUAUGAACAAUCGCACUUCUACCUCGCCUGUUCCCGCUACUCAGCCGAUCCCCCCAUCAGCCCCGACUUCUCUCUCGAGUCAGCGCCCAACUUCCACGGCUCAAGAGCCGGUAGUCAACAACUCCAGCUCCCACUUAGUCCCUACACAUUCUUCCUCCUCAACCACAGCCGUGGCGCCCCUCACAACCUCCCCCCAACAGCCCGCCCCUCCAUCUCGAGCAAAUGUAAGCAGCACUUUCGAAGACAGUCAGGGCAGGCUGCCCACAGGCUGGGAGCGGCGGGAGGAUAACCUGGGGCGAACCUACUACGUAGACCACAAUACCCGUACCACCACGUGGAACCGGCCGGCGCAAAACUAUAAUGAGCAGACCCAGAGGACCCAAAUGGAGGCCAACAUGCAGAUGGAGCGCCGGGCCCACCGGAGUCGAAUGCUUCCAGAGGAUCGAACGGGUGCAAACUCGCCUGACUCCCAGCAGCAGGCCCGGACGCCGCCUACUGCUCCAACAGCGAACGCAAUGGCAAUGAUGGCCAGUAAUACUACUACCCCAGGGACCGGGGAGCUCCCCCCUGGCUGGGAACAAAGGUACACUCCAGAAGGCCGUCCGUAUUAUGUUGACCAUAAUACACGAACCACAACAUGGGUUGAUCCCCGCCAGCAACAGUUGGUCCAGAUGUACGGCCCUGACAACGGAAACCAUCUUGCGUCUCAAACAGUAAACCAUCUGGGUGCAUUGCCUAGUGGCUGGGAGAUGCGAUUAACAAACACUGCUCGAGUGUACUUUGUGGACCAUAACACCAAGACAACUACCUGGGAUGACCCCCGGCUGCCAUCUUCUCUUGACCAGGGCGUGCCACAGUAUAAGCGUGAUUUCCGGCGCAAACUGAUAUAUUUCAGAUCUCAACCUGGCCUGAGGAUAAUGUCUGGUCAAUGCCAUGUCAAAGUUCGACGAGGCGCCAUUUUCGAGGACUCGUUUGCAGAAAUAAUGAGACAAAGUCCAGCAGACCUAAAGAAGCGUUUAAUGAUCAAAUUCGACGGAGAAGAUGGUUUAGAUUAUGGUGGUCUUUCAAGAGAAUUUUUCUUCCUUCUUUCGCACGAAAUGUUCAAUCCAUUCUACUGCUUAUUUGAAUAUUCCGCCCACGAUAAUUAUACCCUCCAGAUAAACCCACACUCAGGCAUCAACCCGGAGCAUUUGAAUUAUUUCAAGUUCAUCGGCCGCGUGGUUGGCCUUGCCAUCUUCCACCGCCGGUUCCUUGACUCAUUCUUUAUCGGAGCUUUCUACAAGAUGAUGCUGAGAAAGAAAGUCACCCUGCAGGAUAUGGAAGGUGUUGAUGAAGAUUUCCAUCGAAACUUGACAUGGACGCUUAAUAACGAUAUCGACGGUAUUAUUGAACUCACGUUUUCAAUUGAUGACGAGCAAUUUGGCGAGCGCAGAACAAUAGAUUUGAUUCCAGAUGGAAGAAAUAUUCCCGUUACAAAUGAGAAUAAGAAGCAAUACGUGGAGCUUGUGACCGAGUGGAAGAUUCAGAAGCGAGUGGAGGAACAGUUCAAUGCAUUCAUUACCGGAUUCAAUGAACUCAUCCCUGCGGAGCUUGUCAAUGUCUUUGACGAGCGAGAACUUGAGCUUCUAAUCGGCGGUAUCGCUGACAUCCAUAUUGACGACUGGAAGAAACACACCGAUUACCGUGGCUACCAGGAAGACGACGAAGUUAUUCAGAAUUUCUGGAAGGUAAUAAGAGGCUGGGAUGCAGAGCAGAAGUCUCGAUUACUCCAGUUCGCUACUGGUACAUCACGUAUUCCCGUCAACGGAUUCAAGGAUCUCCAGGGCAGUGAUGGGCCUCGGAGAUUUACGAUCGAGAAGUCAGGGGAUAUCAAUGCCCUGCCCAAGUCACAUACCUGCUUUAACCGACUCGAUCUCCCUCCCUAUAAGACAUAUGAAGCUCUACAGAACAAACUUACCAUUGCCGUCGAAGAGACACUCGGCUUCGGCCAGGAGUAA